UAUUUAUUUUUAACAAAAAGAAGCAUUUAUUUUUAUCGUGAACAAUUUUGCACAAAUUUUAUUUAGAAUUCUCUUUAAUUUAUAAUAAGUUAAUACUCAUUAUUUUAAACAUGUCUGAAGAUUCUACUGUAACUAACGAAAUUUCUAAUAAUAAAAAUAAACAAAAUGUUAGAUGCUGCUUCUGUAAUUCACUCAUUCUGAAAGACCAGCAGGGACUCUAUGAAAAAAAUCAGUUUGAAUUGCCUUUAAUGCAUCAAAAAAAUACCAAAGAUGUUCAAACGAUUGAAACUGAAUCACUGGAUGAUUUUUGGCUGGUUGAUGACAUGUUCACAUUUGAAAAUAUUGGUUUCUCCAAUACAAUUGAACAGCGAAAAUUUUUGAUUUGUGCCGAUUGCGAUAUGGGCCCAGUGGGAUAUCAUGACUUGGUUACGAAAAAAUGUUACAUUGCCUUGAAGCGCGUGAAACAUGGCAAUGAACCUGUAAAGGCUGUGACGGCUGCCUCAUAAAAAUGCUUUUAAUUCCUCUUAACAAAUGUAUUUUGUUUGUUUUAUUUGUAUUAGCAAUUUGUAAUUUAUUUAAAUAUUUUAAAUAAUUCAUAUUAAAGACGUAAUGUAUUCGCCUAAAUCAUA